UUUAGUAAAAAAUAAAAAACGAAAAGGCAGCUGAACUUUCUGCUAUUUGUGCUCUGGAUUUAUCCUCUAUCACGACUCAAACAGCCUCCCCAGCUUACAGUAAGCAGUAACAACAUGACAACGCACCCCGGGGUGUGGAAGAACCUGACCAGGACCCUGAACCUGACAGGACCCUGAACCUGACAGGACCCUGAACCUGACCAGGACCUCUGGGAUCAACUUACCAACAUCAGUUACCUCCACCACCCAGGCUCUUAUUUUGAAAAUAUUUACAGUCUAUGGGUUUGACCCUGCAGCCAGCAUGCAAACUUCUUGUAUAAAACGCCAGAAUACUUUCCAUAAACUUUAUGUCUGAUGUUGUGUGGCUGAAAAAGGGAUGUAACUUAACACAAAAUGGACUCAGCUUGAUUUGGCUUUUACUACAGCAGGGUAAACAAGAAACUUGCUAGUAUUAGUUAAAUACAAUUUGCAAUGCACCAUGUAAUGCACUUAAAUGCUGUCAUAUUGAUAUUUAUUUAUAUGACAAAAAAAACACAAACGUCAGUAAUGCACCAUCCCAGAAUACUGACCUGAUGAUGAAUCAAUAAUCUGAGUUACACCACAGACUUCAUGCCUACCAUGUGCUUAAAUACUGUCCAGUGUUUACAAAGACGUGCAGUGAUUAAUUGCCAACAUCAUUACAAUCAUAUAGACUAUUCUAUCAAUAGUCUGCAGUGCAGGGCUGCUGAAGGCUGUGAGGAGAAAGCCAUCCUGUCUGUUUGUCUCUUAUUUGUCACUCAUGUUCAGUUGAAUAACACUGACACAGUUUGACACUCAUCAGUGUGUGUGGCACUCAAUAACCUGGGUCACACUGAUCAGGACACUGUGUUCUUGCAGCCCUAGUAUUUUAUUCAUUUCCAUUCACUUACCAGAAUCAUUUUUUUGUGAACCCUAAAGAUGUUCACUCUAAAAAUACCUACAUCAAUAUAAUGUCCUCCCACAGGGAACAGCAUUAAGUUACCUCAUAUAUAAAUAAGCACCGGCCUACCAAAGCGUCUCCUAUACCUGACCUACUGUAAGUUGAACUGUUUGUUUUAGUGUUUGGUCGAUUGUGCAUUUAAACUACAUCUGAACUGAACUUAGUAGAGAGAAGACAGCUUUGACCAGGUGUCAUUAAGUGCAGGUGUGUUUCUUAGCUUCAUCUCUUUACUGUCAUUUUCUCCAACAGUUGUUUCAGCGCCGGAGGAGAAAGAGAGUCAUGCUCCGCUGCAGGAGGUGCCGGAAGGGCAUCAUUGACUCGACAUGUCUGUUAAUGGCUGAGGACACGGAUGAAAGCUCAGCAGCUGUUUGCAGUAUCUGGCAUGUGAAUGUUGACACGCUGCCAGAGUGGAUCCUGACCUCAGUGAACCAGGCCCAGUGGACUGUAGGAAAACUGAACUGCUGGAACUGUUCAGCUCGUCUGGGCGGCUUCAACUUCAUCAACCACAUCGAGUGUCCCUGCGGCCUGGACGCAACCGUCCACCUCAACAAAAGCCGAGUGGACCGUGACAAUAAAAACUGUGUUCUUAUAGUCCAGCCGAGGAGGACGAGGCCUGAGAGGGGACACGCUGGUCUGCUGUCUGAUGGCUCUCCUAACAGAGAGCAGAGGCCUGAGUCCAGCAGGACAGCACUGGACAGUUUACAGCUAAACUGUGCUGCCGUCGUUUCCCACGGCAACCCUACGGAGGUCUCUCACUCACUGUCAGGCAGUGGAAACGCCCAGUCGUUUUCUUUCAGUCCUCUAAACUGCAUCUCUCACAGGCGACGGUGCAGUGUGGAGGAGGAUGCCGCCAUCAGGUCGUCAUGUUUUUGCCCUGCCGGCCCUUUACACAAGUCAGCUGUGGAGAUGACAAGUGGAAGGACGGACGAGUCUACGUGGUCACCUGUGUCGUAUCCCGUGAGUCAGCAGUUUGACGGUGAUGGAGAAGCCUCUGUCAGUGCUGUCGCCUGCCGUUGGUUCGUCUCUGAAAGGACACAGUCACCUCUGGAUCAACAGCUGCUGCAGGCUGUGGAGGACGUGGAGUCUUCUCCAGAGACCACACGCGAGGAUGACUCAGCUCUGUUCCUCAGAGGGAGAUCCAUCUCUGACAGUGUGGCAGAGCACGGCCACCAAGUGAUGUCCCAGGCUUUUCCUAGCUCUCUGGGGUCAAACAGACUGAGCAAGAGGGAGAAGAAUCGACUGAAAAGUCUGCGGAGGAAACAGAGGAGGAGAGAGCGAUGGCUGAACAUUCAACUGGAGCAGGAGCAGGUGGAGAGUGUGAGCACUUCACUGUUGGACAGUGAGGAGGAGGACAGAGAGGGCCUCACCUGUGCAGUGUGUCUGGACGUCUACUUCAGUCCGUACAGCUGUCAGCCCUGCGGUCACAUCUUCUGUGAGCCGUGUCUGCGCACCAUCGCCAAGAACCGACCGGCAAACACACCCUGCCCUCUCUGUCGCACACUCAUCUCACACACUAACUUCCAUAAAGAGCUCAACCAAACAGCAAAGACCGUCUUCCCAAAAGUGUACUACCCCCGCAAGCAGAACUUCCAGGUCGCUCCGUGUGCAAAGUGGCCGCUGCCCUGCUGUCGCAAACGCUUCCGGUCCUUCUGGGGAGAGCGCAGGCAUGCAGGGGCAGCGGGGAGACGCUGGCACUUUGUCCAUGGAGGUUUCACUCUGGGUGCUUUUGACCUCACAGAUAUGCGCGGCUGGCUCUUCGACAUCGGCCUGGUCAUCGUCUACAUCCACUCCGUCAACUGGAUCCUGGUUUCUCUUCUCUUUGCUUUCCUCAUGUACUACUUCUUCUUUUGAGACUGUGACGAGCAGAGUAGAGUUUGAAGUGCAGGUUUUUCCUUUAACAGAGUAAAGCUAGAGUUAUUACUUACCAUAUGAGUGGUUGUGGUUUAACUAGUUGGAUCUCUAGUUAUAGGACAAAUUGCAAAUUGCCAAAAUGCUUGAAAGAGUUAUUAUGAGUGAUUGUGUCAAGCUUAUUUUUUGAAAAAUUAGAAAAUAAUGAUACAGGCCUGUUUGUUGUCUGUGUGAGGACUGUCCAUCCUGGACUAGUGUCAAAGUAUAACAGUGCAGUAUGGCGACCUCUGUGGACGAGACCCACUCACUCUGAUGAUAUAGACGACUCAUUCUAAGUGAUCAGACACAAAGAUUGUUAUUGUCAGGUUAUAAACACUAUGAAAACCUGGAAUAUAUACAGUUCACAUGCAGGAUGUUUUCAUAGUGUUUUAUACACUUAAAAAGAAAGUAUUCACAUUUUUUUUUUAAACUCUACCAAUAUGGUAUAAAUGCAAUAAUGCACCCAGAGGUGUUCUGAUAUACAGAAUUAAUGGACAAUACUGAAAACAUGACACUGCCUGAAACAGAGCUGCCUUUCUUCCUUUAAGUCCCUGACACACCAAGCAGAUGGCAAAGAACUAGUGGCGACAAAGGCCGCCUGUGGUGUCCCCUCACAUCGCUUUGUCUUGGCCAAAAAAGUUGCACUGGAACACACCGCAAACACUACAGCCGACGGCCAACCCCCACGUACAUUCUGCGCAUGCAUGAGAGGAAAUAACUCUUCGUACCAGCAGGCGGCGGUAGGCCGUUGUUAUGAUACAAGAAGACCAUUUACACCCCGCUGUCAGUCACCACUCGUAUUAUAGGUAACCUACUAAUCGAGAAUAAUGUCUGAUAAAAAGUUGAAAAUGGUGCUGGCAUUGUCGGCCCUUGUUCUUUUAGUGGAAAAGGGGAAAAAAAAAAGGCGGAGGCGACAAAUAAGGAGAAACCGCACUAAUGGUGAAGUUAUGGAUACAGUAACAUGCUCAAGGGGCUUUACAGAACCUGUGUCGAGAGAUGGAGAUAAGUGAAACCUCCCAACACCCAAUCAGAGAGAUCCCUCUCAACAACCGCUGAUGCCGAUUCAAUAUGUCGAAUUGGCCGAAAAAAAGCACUAGUGCGACGACUGCUCUCCGACAGUCCAACUAGGACCGACGGCCGACGAUCUCCUUGGUGUGUCAGGGCCUUUACUCGUCUUACUUUGGCCAUUUUGAAAAGUUGUCCAAGUGGCUGGUAGCUGUUUGGCUACAGUACAGCCCAUCAAUAGUGGUAAUGUUCUUUUGACAGAAGAACAAACAGAAGGCCCAUAAUGAGUAUGUAGUUUGUAAGUGCUGCUGCCAGGAAAUGAAACUAGCCUAGCUUAGCACAGAGACCAGAAGCAUAGGGAAGCAGCUAGCCUGGCCUCAGUCCAAAGUUUAAUCAAUCAGCCGACGACUGCCAGCAACCCUGAGACUCAUUCAUAAACGUCCUGUAUCGCAGAAUAAACGUGUACACUUACAGAAAUGUGAAACCAGUAUUUACAGAGAAGGUUACAUUAUCUCAGAACAGCAGUGUGUAUUGGCAACAAUCAGCCGGCUGCAGUAAAUCUGGGCUACAACUUCCUGAACUGUGAUGUCAACAUGAGGUUGCCAGGUUUGGUAUAAAUCAAGUUUAAAACCAAAGUCUGUACUCAACUGAUUGUGUGUUGCAACCUCUGCUGCAGGAGGCGCUGCACACUGGAUGCAAUGGAAACAAUUGAAAAAUGAAUAACCUGUUUUUUGCACACAAAAAAGAUGAUGGUUUCAUGUAUCUGAUCCUAAAACAGAACGUUUGUAUGUGCUCCAUACUUGUCAGGAUGGAAUAAGAAAGACAUGAUCCUACAGCUUUGUGCUUGAUGGACACUGGAUCUUUAAAGAUGAACCUCAUUUAACACUCUUCAUGAAAGUAAACAUGUUAGUCUAAACAAGUGCUGUGGUAUUUCUUAAAUGUAGAACAGGAGGCAAAUUUGUUCUAGAGAAAAAAAUGGAGAAUGGACAGAAAACACAUACAGGGCUUAAAAAAAGGUUUUUAAUUGAGUGUAGUUUCAGGAGGUUUAGUCUUCAGCGUGAUUUCUUUAGUGAUGCUCGGUGAAAUAAUGAUUUUAGUGAAACACUUUAAAGGAGAAGCACUGUGGAGUUAACAUUUCCUGCUUACGUUUUUGUUUAUUUCCAAAGCAGAGGACUGUUCAUGACUAGACUGCUAACUGUCUUUUUUUUAAACUACAACUGACAGAAAAUAUGGAUGAAAUAUCCAAGUCAGUGUGGUGCCUUUGCUUUGUCUGUGCCUUCUGUCCAGAAGCUGAACUAAACUGGAAUCUAACAGAUUUGGCUCUCAGGCAAAGAAUACAUGGAUGGAACCAGAAAAAGCUGUAAGGAUAAUCAAAAAAUCUUCAGUCAACACUUGUUAGAUCUUUUAUUUGGUGGAAAAGACGAAUAAAUGUUUGAUUAAAGUAAAAAAAAAAAAA